AUGGUAUCUUAUCAUGUUUAUGUACCAUUGCUAUUGAGGCUUGCAAAUGAUGUGGAGGAAAAUCCAGGCCCAGUUAACAUCUAUAAUAUUGUUGACCAUAGUUUUACGGUUCCAGCAGACUUCAAUCAAGGAAAUAUAUCCAUGUUUGGAAUAAAUGCUGGAAAACAAUGUGUUGCCAUGUCAAUUUAUGCUAUUGUAUACAAUGAAAUAAAAUCUGUUAAUAUUUGGGAUACACCACCUAUGAACAUGCUUCUAGUUAAUGCAAACAAUCUUUAUGCCAUAAUUAGUCAACACAUUCAGAAAGAUUUCUUGUUGCUCACUGAUGUUCCUGAAAUAUUGUCUAUCAACAAUGAUACUUUUAAUUUGGAGUACAGUGAGUCUUUUUCUGGUGCAUUAUGGAUGGCUCGCAACAAUGAACCAUAUGUUACACUUGAGCAUGCCUUUCAUGAAGUAUUUGAUGCUGGUAAUUAUAAAGCAUGUUUACUUACUAUUCAAGCAAACACUGUUGCAAUUUUAAUGCCUUUCCCAGGUGUAUUUAAAGUUUUUGAUUCUCACUCACGAGAUAUGCAUGGAAUGCCAGCGGCGAUGGGUUAUAGUGUUUUAAUUUCUAUUGAAGGAAUUCAAAACCUUACAAGAUUUUUUCAUAACAGUUUAACUAUCCUGGACAAAAUAGUCAAAAUACUCUUUUUGAGUUGAAGGGUGUUAAAUGUCAUAGAAACAUUUCAUUGUCCAAUAGCUUGGAUAACUCAGCAAAUGACACAUCAUCAAAUAACCAUGAACAACAAACAAAACAACAGGAGUUUGUUAUAGAAAAAGAAAAUGGACUUGCAAAGCAAAAGGAGAAUAAAAGACAACAAGAGUCUGUUGUAGAGAGCGAAAAUAGACUUGUAAAGCGAAAGGAGAGAAGAAGACAAGCGAAACAACAAGAAUCUGUUGUAGAGAGAGAACAUAAACUUGCAAAGCGAAGAGAGAAAGAACCCAAGGGAGAAAAGACAACAAGCAAAACAAAAAGAGUCUGUUGCAGAGAGAGAGAAUAGACAUAGAAAGCAAAGAGAGAAAAGAAAACAGGCAAAACAACAAGAAACUGUUUCAGAGAGGGAAAAUAGACUUCAAAAGCAGCGAGAGGUUCAAAAGGCAAAAUGAAGCUGUCGAACAAAGAGAGCAAAGAUUAGCAAAAGUAAGAGCUAAUUAUAAGGAAAAUAAAAGUACACGCGUUCUGGAAAAAGCAAACAAUGUCCUCCAUCAGGUUCUCAAGGGCAUCUCAAUAAUGAUAACAGCUGCAGCUUGGUUUGUUAAUACUAGUGAACUAUAUCGAGAACAAGGAAUAACUUUUGAUCAGCAUUGGUUAUCAUACUUUGAUGUUACAACACCUAAUAAUAAUUACAAUGAAAAUACUACAGUUGAUCAAACUAAUUCAGCAUCUUCAGAAGAUGAAUGGAGUGAAGAUGAAGCAGAAAUUCCUGCAGGUGUAACAGACAGUGUGCUUACACCUACUGAUUUUGUAGAUGAUACUGAAAGACAACAUAUAUACAAUGUUGCACCUGGUGAAGGUAGUAGACCACUCAGUGUAUUUAGAGAUCAGUAUUCAGAGGAACUAGCUUAUCCAGGAAUAUUUCUGGGUCAAAAGCGGCCAUAUGAGAAGCAAAGAUUGACUCAUGUUUAUUACAGUGAAAUAUGCAAAUCUGAACUAAGACGGUCUGAUCGAAGAGCUGCAAUGUGUAUUGAGAACAUAUUUUUUAAAACUAAAAAAAUGCAGAUGAAAUUAUUGCUGGGACAAUCUCAGCUUGCUAUUCGCAAGUGUAAAAUGGGAAACAGAACACUUACUGCUGGUGAGUUAAAAACACCGGAAGGUUUAACAAAUCUCAUUUGCCAUAAUGAAGGAUACAAAUUUUUAAGAGCUUUGAGAGGUUCCCCACCUUACUUUGAAAAAGCCAAAAAGGAUUUGUUUGCUAUGAUUCGGCAGUUAGGGCGUGCAUCAUUAUUUUGUAGUUUUUCAUCUGCUGAAACAAAAUGGAAUCAUUUACUAAGAAUCCUUGGUAAGCUUGUUGAUCACAAAGACUAUAGUGAUGAACAAUUAGAUAAUUUAAAUUGGGAUGAAAAGUGCAGACUAAUUCAAAGUGACCCAGUGACUUGUGCAAGGCAUUUUGAUUACCAAUUUAAUACAAUAAUACUUUCUUAAAAGAUUUUUUAAUGAGUGAUAUUGCCCCAUUAGGGAAACUUAAAGAUUGGUUUUACAGGGUUGAAUACCAACAGAGGGGCUCCCCUCACAUCCAUAUGCUCAUAUGGCUUGAAAAUGCACCUGUAUUUGGUGUUGAUAAAGAUGAAGAUGUAGUGAAUUUCAUUGACCAAAUAAUAUCUUGUAGAAAGCCUGAUAAUGACACUGAAUUAUUUGAUCUUGUACACAGACAAACUCAUAGACAUUCUCACACAUGCCGAAAAAACUCCAAAAAAGUUUGUAGAUUUAAUUACCCUCAGCCUCCCAUGAGAUCAACACAGAUACUACAUCCACUUGAUGACAAUGCUUCUGAAACUGUCAUAAGAGCCAGAAAAGAGUUGUGGAAAAAUAUUAAGAAUAAACUAAAUGAUUUAAACGAGGGAGAAGAUGUAACCUUUGAGCAACUUCUGAAAGAACUAGAUGUUUCAGAAUAUCAAUAUAUUCUUGCAAUUCGAUCAUCACUAAAUUGUCCAACAAUAUUUCUAAAAAGAAGUCCCAAUGAAUUAAGGAUUAAUAAUUAUAAUCCUGCUUGCCUUCAAGCAUGGGGAGCUAACAUGGACAUUCAAUUUGCACUGGAUGUAUAUGCCUGUGCAAUGUACAUUGUUUCCUAUAUUUCUAAGGCUCAAAAAGGAAUGAGUGAUUUGUUACGUAACGCAUGUGCUGAAGCUAAGGAAGGUAAUUCCACCAUCAAACAACAGGUCCGUGACAUUGGCAACAAGUUUUUAAACUCAGUUGAAAUAAAUGCACAAGAGGCAGUGUACAUCAUUCUGCAACUUCCCAUGAGAAAAUCUUCUCGAAAUGUUGUAUUCAUUAACACAUCUCCUCCAAGUGAUCGUGUUGAACUAUUGAAACCUCUCAGUGAGAUUGAGAAGAUGUCAGACAAAUCUGAAGAAAUUCACUCUGGUGGACUUCUGAAAUGA